AUGAUUGAAACAUCUAUUGAUAUUAUUGAAAAUAUAUUUAAAGAUCUUCGUCAAUCAUUUAAUAAUGGUAAAACAAAAUCAUUAUCAUGGCGUAAAAAACAAAUUGAACAAAUAUAUAAAAUGUGUGAUGAACAAAAACAUGUUUUUGCUUCAGCUGCUUAUACUGAUUUUCAUCGACCAAAAUCUGAAACAAUUUUAUUUGAUUGUGGUGCAAUUCGUAAUGAAUGUAUUCAUACUCUCAAUCAUAUAGAUGAAUGGGUACGUGAUAAAAAGAUGUCCGAUGCAUUUAUUUUUGCAGCAUUAGAUAAAUAUAUUCAUCCAGAACCAUUAGGUAUUAGUUUAAUUAUUGGUUCAUGGAAUUAUCCAUUUUUAGUUACAUUAACACCAUUAAUUGGUGCUAUAGCUGCUGGUAAUUGUGUUAUACUUAAACCAUCGGAAUUAGCACCUAAUUCAGCUGUUAUUAUGGCAACUAUGAUUGAACGUUAUCUUGAUACAUCAUGUAUUCGUAUUGUACUUGGUGGUGUAGAACAAACACAAAUAUUACUUAAAAGUGAUAUUGAUAAAAUAUUUUACACUGGUUCGACAAUAGUUGCAAAAAUAAUAAUGAGAGUAGCAGCAGAAAAAAUGAUUCCUGUAACACUUGAAUGUGGUGGAAAAAAUCCUGUUUAUAUUGCUGAUGAUGCUAAUAUAGAAAUAUGUGCAAGACGUAUUGCCUGGGGAAAAACUAUCAAUUGUGGACAAACUUGUUUAGCACCUGAUUAUGUAUUAUGUUCAAAAAUAACAGAGAAUCGUCUUAUACCUGAAAUAGUUAAAGCUUGGCGACAAUUUUAUACAGAUAAUCCACUUAAUUCAGAAUCUUAUUGUCAUAUAAUUAAUAAUCGACAUUUUGAACGUGUUAAAAAAUUAAUUAAUAAAGAUAAAGUUAUUUAUGGUGGACAAAUUGAUUCAAAUGAAAAUUAUAUUUCACCAACAAUUAUGAUCAAUGUUACUGAAAAUGAUGAUAUUAUGCAAGAAGAAAUUUUUGGACCAAUUCUUCCAUUUCUAACAGUUAAUAAUGAACAAGAAGCAAUUCAAUUUAUUAAUAAUAGAGAUAAAUCUUUAGCACUUUAUAUAUUUUCAUCAAAUAAAAAUUUAGCUAAACGAAUUAUAAAUUCAACAAGUGCUGGUUCAACUUGUAUUAAUGAUGUUAUUUUUCAAGUUGCUCCACCAUCAUUACCAUUAGGUGGUGUUGGUUCAAGUGGUAUUGGUUCAUAUCAUGGAAAAUAUACAUUUGAUUCAUUUAGUCAUCAACGUACAGUUGUCUAUGCACCUAAUUGGACAGAACCUCUUAUUUCAAAACGUAAUCCACCUUAUAAUCCAAAAGUAGUAGCUUUUAUGGAAAGAUUAAAUCAAAUUAAUCGUAGAUGGUUUUCCAUACCACGAUUUCCAUGUUGGUUUUGCGCACUUAUUGGAUUGGUACUUGCCAUAUUGAUACAUAUAUAUUACGUGUAA